CUGAAAAUGAUGCCAAGGGUUUGCUGCUAAUCAAGCUGGAAUCACAAGUUGGAGGAGAGGGUGGGCCUUCUGCCAGCUGGGCCAAGAGCUGGACCCAGAGACACAGGACACCGAAGUCAAGUACCCCAUCCCUACUCUAGUGUUCCGGGCAAAACCCCCAAGAGGUCUGGCAGUGCCUUUCAGAGCCAUCUCAUGAAACCACACCUCUCAAGGCUUCUUUCAGAGCUGACCAACCAAGUGGAGCUCAGUCCCAGAGGUCCGUGGCUAGGCCAUUCUCAUUGCCUGCAGGGCUGACUGGACAAAACAGUCAGCUGGGUUGACACCUGCAGGCAGCUGAGGGCAGACAAAGGCCGGAGAGACGGAACAGUUGACCAUGGCAGCGCUUUUCAGUGGUGAUAGUUGGCAAUUAGAUAAAGCCCACUGUGUACCACGCAGUGAAUCAGAGCACUCAGGGCUCUCUCAGUGGACAAGCUAUUUUCUUCCUUAAACCACAAGCAACCGCUUGCCACCCAAGCCUGGGGGGCCACGGAGGAAUGGGUUUCUUUCCAUCUUCGCAAACCAAGAGGAGUACAGUCCCUUCCACCCAUAUCCUGGAGCAAUGUCUCUAAGAUGCGAACCUCCAUUAUUCUUGCCUAGUCAGUAUACAUCCCAAGCCAGGUUCUGACAGCUUCCAGUGCCGGUCUGUGCCUCUAUACAUGGGCGGGAGAAUCGCCGGUUCAAAGCUGUGAAAUGUUCAGUGCCUGGUCCACGGUGAGUACCACCACACUGCAAGCACCUCUCUGAGUAGGUCUUAGCUUGGCCUCUUCCUGCGGUGGAGGCUAGCUUGGCCUUGGCCAGGGGAGGGAAGCAAGAUGAGGCAGCUCUGCUUUUUGCCAGCGUGCUCUCAGCCACCUGGAUUGUCGAAGAAACUGCUCUCCUUGCCUGUCACCACCCACCCCCCACCCCGCCCGCCCGUUAUCAUUAGCAGGAUCCUCCUUGAGGCCAAUAAAAGAGGAAAAGGGAAAACAAAAAGGAGGGGUGAGAUACUGGGAGAUGGCAGGAUUAUCUGUUUAUACCGAGGGUGUUCCUUACUACACAACUUUAUGACCCCAGCCAAACUGGUGCCUGCCAGGCAGAGAAGAGCUGGUGACUGCAUGUAUCAUCCUCUGUCUUUCCUCUCCAGUAGGGUGGAGGACGCUCGCUUUCCUAGGCUGUUCCAAAGCAUACUGUUCCUCCUACAAGCUUCUACCCUCCUCACUCUCCACCGCGCUCAGGGUGUAUCCAGGCUGUAUCCAGUCCCUAGGACUGGUGAGCUGGGGUAGCAUAGAAGCCACAACCCCCGGCCCGUGAUCCUCCUGCUCUGGUGGCCCUGAGUCCCCCACCUGCGCGUGACUCCUCCUCCCGUCUCUAUUCCGCAGCGUCCGCACCCUGGCGACACGCUGUUUUGGCGACCGCACCUGCGUCGGGGUGGGGUGGGGGAACACUCUGGAGGUAAAAAGGAAAGCGAGAAGGGUCUGGGAACACCGCGGUGCCCGGUAGGCAACCUCACCCACGGUGCCGGGCCCCCGCAGCCUGGAGCCUCCCACCCUCAGGCUGCGGCACCGAUGCGCUGUCCGCGGUGCUGACGCCGGCCGGUCGCUCGGUCGGGAGGGGGAGCAGACGCCCUGGUUCCCGCCGCGCCCGGAGCCCAGAGAGGCUGCCUGUUCUCGGUUCCCAAACCGUAUCUCUUCCCCCAGAUGACUCCGCCAGAGUCCUGGCGCUGCGGUUGGAUCCAGGAACAAAAGGGUGAGCAAAGGGAACUUAAACUUCAGGCUAGAGCCGGAGAAUCAAAAGUCAGGUUUGGCUCCCGAUGCCCCCCAACCCCUGAGACCUCAAAGCACCAAGUUGAACAAAGUUUCCCGGUGGCUUGAGAAAGGAAGACGUUCCGGAGACCAAGAGCAGGGAAGGGAGGACGUGGUUUCCUAGCGAGCUGGCAGCCUGCACGGCAGUGGGACACCUGCUCCGGUGGGACGCACUGUUGCGGCCAGAACCACCCGGAGGCGUCGCAGCAGCCCAACUCUCCACCCAUUCCUCCCUUCCUGAUUCACCCCUCCCCAACACCCCGCCCCGGGCUCGGAUGACUCCGCCUCUCCGUGCUGGGUAGCUCCUCAGCGGUAGCCCGGAAAGGAAGGGAGCCUUCCCCGGAGGACUCGGCUCUGAGGCUCGGAAGCCGACGCCACCAGCUCAUUUACAGGGGAGGAAGAGGACUGCCCGCGCAGCCCGCGCCUAGGCGCGACCGAUCCCCAGUAGCCUCAUGGGACGCUCCAGAGGACUCUCUCUGUGCCCUGCCACCGUGUUCCGAUCCUAGGCGUCCGGACUCCACGGUUCACCCUGACCGCAACCCGCGGCCUGUCCAGAGUGGAGUAUGCGGCCCGGAGCCCCGUGGACUCCGGCCACCGGGCGGCGCUGGCCUAGCUUCGGAGCCCAGAGCCCGAGGGCAGCAAGUGAGGAGCCGCGAGAGGCAGUAAGGCGUCGGGGCGCGGAGAGAAGCGCUCCAGCCCGGGUGUCCACUGGGCCGGGUGACCGGUGGGUGGCCUGAACGCCGGGCAGGAGGCGGAUCGCCCUGCCGUCCCGGUUCCGGGGAGACUGCAGAGGGGCUCCGCCGCAGCCCCUGUCUUCUGGCCACCAUCCUCACGCUCCUGCUCCUGCGGCGGGGAUGUCACGGCCCCGGCUCCGAGCGCCGUCCCAGCCCCGGGGCUGAGCUGCGGACCAUGUCCUCCCGCAGCCCCCGGCCCCCGCCCCGCCGCUGCCGCCGCCGCCUGCCGCGCCCCUCCUGCUGCUGCUGCUGCUGCCGCCGCUCGCACCUCAACGAGGACACCGGACGCUUCGUGCUGCUGGCCGCGCUCAUUGGCCUCUACCUGGUGGCGGGCGCCACCGUCUUCUCCGCGCUCGAGAGCCCGGGCGAGGCGGAGGCGCGGGCGCGCUGGGGCGCCACGCUGCGCAACUUCAGCGCUGCGCACGGCGUCGCGGAGCCGGAGCUGCGCGCCUUCCUCCGGCACUACGAGGCCGCGCUGGCCGCCGGGGUCCGCGCCGACGCGCUGCGCCCGCGCUGGGACUUCCCUGGAGCCUUCUACUUCGUGGGCACCGUGGUGUCGACCAUAGAUUCACAAAUUCCAACAGCCGCUGUAUGCAGGCACCCGAAGGCUGACCAGUUCAUGCACCCCAGACCCUGUGUACAACUCCUAGGCCUUUCUCAGUCCCGGAGUCUGGCUACGAUGCUCUUGAAAUUCCAGUCUUCAAAACUGAGCACGAUCACUCCCUCCACCCACUGGGCUUUCCCUGUCACCCCCCCGCUCGCCCGGGGGCGGGGGACUUCCUUCAGGAGGCGCUGCUGUGGAUGCACCUGGAGGCUGGGACUGUCUGUAGCGUGUCCAGGUUUCGGCAUGACCACCCCAGCCACAGUGGGCGGGAAGGCCUUCCUCAUCGCCUACGGACUGUUCGGCUGCGCGGGGACCAUCCUGUUCUUCAACCUCUUUCUGGAGCGCAUCAUCUCGCUGCUGGCCUUCAUCAUGCGCGCCUGCCGGGAGCGUCAGCUGCGCCGCAGUGGCCUGCUGCCCGCCACCUUCCGCCGCGGCUCGGCGCUGUCGGAGGCCGACAGCCUGGCGGGCUGGAAGCCCUCGGUGUAUCACGUGCUGCUCAUCCUGGGCCUGUUCGCCGUGCUGCUGGCCUGCUGCGCCUCGGCCAUGUACACCAGCGUGGAGGGCUGGGACUACGUGGACUCGCUCUACUUCUGCUUCGUCACCUUCAGCACCAUCGGCUUCGGGGACCUGGUGAGCAGCCAGCACGCCGCCUACCGGAACCAGGGGCUCUACCGUCUGGGCAACUUCCUCUUCAUCCUGCUCGGCGUGUGCUGCAUCUACUCGCUCUUCAACGUCAUCUCCAUCCUCAUCAAGCAGGUGCUCAACUGGAUGCUGCGCAAGCUGAGCUGCCGCUGCUGCACGCGCUGCUGCCCGGCUCCCGGCGCGCCCCUGUCCCGGCGCAACGCCAUCACCCCGGGCUCCCGGCUGCGCCGUCGCCUGGCCGCGCUGGGUACCGACCCCGCGGCUCGCGACAGCGACGCCGAGGGCCGCCGCCUGUCGGGAGAGCUCAUCUCAAUGCGCGACCUCACGGCGUCCAACAAGGUGUCGCUGGCACUGCUGCAGAAGCAGCUUUCCGAGACGGCCAACGGCUACCCGCGCAGCGUGUGCGUCAACACGCGCCAGAACGGCUUCUCGGGCGGCGUGGGCGCGCUGGGCAUCAUGAACAACCGGCUGGCAGAGACCAGCGCCUCCAGGUAGAGCGGCCGCCCGCCCCCAGCGCCGCGGACCUGGCCGGGGCUGCGCGCCGCCGGGCGGGUUUGCUUCACUUCUCUCCGAGAUGGCGCUUUCUUAAUCUUUAUCCAAUAAAAACGAAACCAAAAACCACCACCAAAACAAA